GAGUGAGCGAGCAGCGACCUGUCAAUACUUUGUGUGGCGUCGUCGGGACGAGCACGAGUGAGAAAAACAAAGGGUGUGAUGAACAGCAGAGGCAGCCGAUGACAAAGACAUCAUCGCGAUAGACAUGGUGUCGUCGUGCGCCUCCUCGUGCACAAAGCUCGAGCUGGUGCCAUUGAGGAAAGCCAAACUUGGCUGCAUAGAAGAGUCCGUCCAGUUUGUCGAGCAAUUCGUCAAGGAUGUCGUCGACUUUAGUUCACAGUACGGCAGCAAUAUCAGCAUUUCUUAUACCGCUUACAAUGUUGCAGGCAAUCCCAGCAAAUUCCCCGAUUAUGGAGACUUUCCUCAGACCUUUGUCAUGCGAACUUAUGGCACCUGGUGGGAUAAUGCCCCUUCAAGGUCUUUGGAUUACAUGCCCCAAAACAAUGAUCCUGUUAUUAGUCAUGAUUAUAUAGAUUUAGAGUACCACAAAGAAGUUUAUCCAGUAAGAAUAUCUAUUUAUGAAACUUACAAUCCAGGCAGUGUUGUAGCUAUCUGGGCAAAAGAUGAGACUGGUCAAUGGUAUCGUCUAUGGAAUGGUUUUCCACAAAUUGUGCCACACAAAGCUCGCAUUUUUUCACCACCACUUCAAUUAUGUAGUUUCAAGACGAAAAUGCUAAGACUGGAAUUUAAUCACAGUUUACUUGAUUAUUACACACAACUGGAUGCUGUGUUACUUAUUGGGACUUCAGAACUGAUUGUUCCCAAUAUAGGAAAUCAGACUUAUAGUUUAAGUAGCUUGUUAAGGGAAUUGGGAGGUGUAGGGUAUAAUAAUGAAGACUUUUAUAAUUUAACUCCUAAUUACUUGACUGUAAAUCAGGAUUUGAAGUUGCUGAAAAGGACUCUGUACAAACAUUGUGUUCUUUAUAAAAAUAAAAAUUUAGAAAAAGUUCCUAAAGGAAGAUUGGCAGCAAAAUUAGGCUUACACAUUCCACCAAUUGAAGAAGCAUUUAAUAGUUUACAAAAGUUUCUUCAAGAAGACUUUCCAAAACUCAUUAAGGAUAUUAAUAUUUCAUCUUCAGUAGCUCUAAUGGAACCUGAGUCAGAACCCAGUAUGAAUAAUGUGUCAAACAAUAUAUGUGGGAGUUUUUCAUCCUUACCUGAUGAAACUGUUUUGAAAAUUUUAAAAAAUUUAGACCUUAAAUCUCUGAGUCGAUGUAGUCAAGUUAAUCGAUACUUCAACAACAUUGCUCAUGAUGCUCUUUUAUAUACAAAUCUGAAUUUAAAGCCUUAUUGGCACUGUAUAGAUGCAACUGUUUUGAACAGUUUUGUAUCUAAAUGUCAGUAUUUGCAGCAACUGGAUCUUUCAUGGUGCGGAAACUAUGAUACAAUAAAUUCUGAAGACUUUAUUGCUUUUUUACAAAGCAGUGGAAGUGCCCUAACACAUUUAAGGCUGAAUUGCUGUCGCUUUGUAAAUAAUUCUGUUAUACGAGAAAUUUCGCAAAUUUGUAAAAAUUUAAAAGAAUUAUGUUUGCGAAACUGCACGACAAUAACUGGUAAUGGUUUUUCGUCAUUAGAAAAUUUAGGAACUUUGGAAAGACUGGAACUCUAUAGAACGUCGAUUGAAACAGACACACUUUGCUCAAUUCUGCGGAAUAAUAAUCAUAUGCGAUAUUUAAACUUAGCCGGUAUGCACGACCGACUCAAAAUGGAUAAUGUAGCAAAGGAAUUAAGUAUCUCGUGCUUAAAAUUGGAAACUAUAGAUUUUUGGAAAGCUCAAACCCUAACUAGCCAUGGCAUAAGAGCUCUUGCUCUUUGUACCAGUUUAAGAGAGAUCGAUUUCGGAUGGUGUAGUGGAAUAGGAGCACUUGGAGAUUCACUGAGAACGUUGUUGAGUUCAUGUAAAAGUCUAGAAAAAGUAUUCUUGACAUCAUUCCGAGGAUUGACUGACCGCGAUUUGGAGCCAUUAGUGUCUUGUCACAAUUUACAACAAUUAGACGUUCUUGGAGCUCAAUUUUUAAGUUCAGAUAUGUGUAUAAAAUUGCUUUGUUGUUUGCAGUUGCGUAUGAUUGAUUUAAGUUUUUGUGAAGGAAUAAGUGACGCAAAUAUUAUUGAUUGGAGAAAUCGUUAUCCUCACAUAUCGAUAAAACGAAGUUCUCAAGAAAGUAUGUAAAAUGAUUGAUG